CCGCUUCCCAGAGCGAUCGCAGCUCUGCAGCCCAGCGGCCGCCCCGCAUGCGAGGCGGCACAGCCAGCGCAAAAAAAAAAGUUACUCCUCCGAUCGCCGUCGCGCUAGUGGGCGGAGAAGAAAGCCGGACUUACAAACAAAAGCAAGAGAACGCUUAUUAUUAUUAUUGUUCUUUUUCUUGCAUUUUUCCCCCUGCAAAGAGAGGGGGAGGGAGAGUGCGUGAAACACAACCGUUAAUAAUAGCAACAACUUAGCUUCGCAGGAUUUUUUUUUCCAGUCCACUCACUCACUCUCUCUUGUUUUUUUCUUCAAGAAAAAACCCUCUCCUUUUUCUUUUGCCAGCGGGUUUCUGGCAAGAAGAAGAAAAGCUUGGCACCUCGCUCCUGCCGCCGCCUCGCUCCCUUCCGUACUUUGCUCCCCUUUUCUUUUUUUGCAUUGCAUUGCAGCCUUCCUGCAAGAGAGAAGGCAGGGGAGAGCGAGCAGCGCGUCGCCCUUCUCCCUGCGGUGUCGCUGGGUCCCUCCAGGACGUGGCUUAGCGGCGGCGAGGCGGAGACGAAAGAAAGUUUUAUUCGGGCUGGCUGGCACUCGGGAGGUUUGGACCCUGGAGUGAGGCGGCGAAGCAGGGACCCCCUCCUCCUCCUCCUCCACUACCUCCUCUGGGCUCCCUCUCCGUCGGGAGAGAGGAGACUCUUCCUCCCCCACCCCCAGCGCGAUGGCUGGCGAGCUGAGCAUCGGCCCCGACCUGCCCACUAGCCCUCUGGCCAUGGAGUACGUCAAUGACUUUGACCUGAUGAAGUUCGACGUGAAGAAGGAGCCCCUGGGCAGAGCGGAUCGCUCGGGCAGGCACUGCACGCGCCUCCAGCCGGCUGGAUCGGUCUCCUCCACCCCCAUCAGCACCCCUUGCAGCUCGGUGCCCUCUUCGCCCAGCUUCAGCCCGACCGAGCAGAAGACCCACCUGGAGGACCUCUACUGGAUGGCCAACAGUUACCCGCAGAUGAACCCCGAGGCCCUCAACCUCACCCCGGAGGACGCGGUGGAGGCCCUCAUCGGCUCCCACCAGGUGCCCCAGCAGCUCCAGAGCUUCGAGACUUUCCGGGCUGCGGCUGCCCACCACCACCACCAUCACCACCACCAGCAUCACCACCAUCAGUACCCCGGGGUGACCCACGAAGACCUGUCCGGCAACGGGCAUCCCCACCACCACCAUCACCCUCACCAUCACCAGCCGUCUCCCACCCCUUCCACUGCCUCCAGCUCCUCCCAGCAGCUCCAGAACACGCACCAACCUCACCCCUCCUCCUCCUCCUCCUCUUCCUCCUCUUCGUCUUCCAGUAGCGUGGAGGACCGGUUCUCCGAUGACCAGCUGGUCUCCAUGUCAGUGCGAGAGCUGAACCGGCACCUGAGGGGCUUCACCAAGGAUGAGGUGAUACGCCUCAAGCAGAAGAGGAGGACCUUGAAGAACAGAGGCUAUGCCCAAUCUUGCAGGUACAAGCGGGUCCAGCAGAAGCACCACCUGGAGAACGAGAAGACCCAACUCAUCCAGCAGGUGGAACAGCUCAAGCAAGAAGUGACCCGGCUGGCCAGAGAAAGAGACGCCUACAAGCUCAAGUGCGAGAAACUGGCCAGCAAUAGCUUCCGAGAGGCCGGAUCCACCAGUGACAACCCGUCUUCCCCGGAGUUCUUCAUAACUUUAACCUGGACUUUGCAGAGCGAACGGAUGGACACUGGACAAACCAUCUAGAUUACCUGCUUUGGAGUUCUUUUUAACAAAAAGGAAGAAGGAAGAAAGAAAGAAAAGAGAGAGAGAGGGAGCAUGCACAAUUUCUCUGCAAAAGGAGAGGACAAUAUAUGCAGACUCUUCAUAUAUUGCCUACCUUGAGAGAAGAGAGACAGAAUUCACAUGGGACAGUUUCUGUGCAAGGGGGGGAGGGAAGAGGGAGGGAAAGAAAAUGUAAAGGGAGAGGGAGAGAGAGAGAGAGAGAGAGAGAACCUCCUGGGUUUUAUUGCCUGCUUGGUUAUAUAGAAAAAAAUACGAAAAAAAUCUGCAUUAAAAAUAUUAAUCCUGCAUGCUGGACAUGUAUGGUAACUUCUAUUUUGUACCAUUUUCUUGUUUAAACUUUUCGCAUGUCGUUGGUCAUCGACCAUAGCUUCUUCUCUUUUUGCCCCCCUGUUCAUUUGUCUUCUUUCAUUGGGUAAGAAAAUGUCAUGAGUUAUAUAUAAAAAGUCCUCUUUCUACUGCUCAUGCAACUGUUUGUUCCUAUUUCUCUAAUUAUUGUUAAUUUUUUUUAUUAAAAAAAAAUCUGGGCUCCAUCCACCAUGAACCUCUCUUGUGCAUGCCCCACUGAAAUGAACAGAGGUUGUGUGCGAGAGUAGGUUUGGUGGAUUGGGCCCUCUGUUAGCUUGUAAAUAUCAGCCACAUCAACCCACACUGGGCAAAACACAAGAACAUUUCAGCAGGCUGGUUUUCAGUGGUUUUGGUCAUUCUUAAACUAAACUAAUCUUGUGUGUGGGUGGGGGGGUGAGAUUUCUGGGCAUUUUGCAUUCAGAAAAUAACUUUGUACAUUUGGUGCACUUUUAAGAGCUGUUACUUCUUUUUUAAAGUUUAGUUUUCAUUUUGGUUUUUGUUGGGGCAAAAAGUCAUACAGUAUAGCCAACUUUUGAACAUCCCAAUGUUAAGUAUACUUGGAAGUCAACUUCUGUGAAAAUUAGGAGAGUUGAUGAGUUCAUGUGAUUAUAAAGAAAUUAAGUUCCACUAAAGUAAAUUAAAGUGAACUUUCAAGGAAUUAUUUUUUGGGAAAGGUGUCCUUCAGAAAGCAAUUUUUAAAAAAUCUGUAACCCAGGAAGAAUAAUAUUUAAAGUGGCAGUACAUGAAUUUGCUGAGGUUUAACUGCAACCCAUCAUUCCAUGUGCCUAUUCCCUUUGGGCUACCUGAUUUUAUCAUACACUCAGGAAAAUAAAAUCAAUUAGAACUGGCUGUUACUUUUUGCCUCUUCUCUUCCCCUCACCCCAGUAAGAAUUAGUCACCUCUUAGUCAAGUCCAUUUCAGUAGCUGAGACCUGAGCAACUCAAUUACUGUAUUUAGGUUCUGAUUGGAGCUAAGUUGGUCAGUGUUAAGAGUAUGAAUAAAUUCUGAAUACAUAAUAAACAGCUCUGCAUUUUUAAAAAAGAAAAUUGUUUUGAAGACACAGACUUCACUUUUUCAAGAGUAUUCUUUUGCAAUGUUUAAUCUGCUUCUUCAUGCAGCCAGUGAGAGUUUAGCCAAAUUUUCUAGCAACUACUAAUAGUUAAUAGUUUUGAGUCUUAUGGGUGUUCUAUUAUAAUUUUUUUUCCUUGUUUGUGUUUUUCCUGUUUUGUUUUUAUUUUCCCUCUUCCUCCUGCAGGUCAGUAAAAGGAUUUUACGUUGCACUGACAAAAAUACCAAAAUGAAAACCUUUAUUUUUUAGUUUCCUUUUAGGGAUUGCUGGCACUGCUGGCCGGAUGCAUUUUAAGUUUGUAUUAGUUUAUAAAUUAACAGUAAUACCAAGAAUCGUGAUAAAUGAAAAGCAUGGUGCUUGCCGUUCUAAAUAUUGUGGAUAUUAAUAGUCAUGCAUCAGAAAAAUACCCCCUGAGCUUUUGGGUUUUUACGGAUUCAACUGUGUUGAAGUCGCAAUAUUGCAACUGCAGAAACAAAAAAAAAUUAUACUGUUUUUAUUUCAUGUAAACAUUCUGAAGGGAUCAAUUUCAAAUCCUGCUUAUGAUAUGAAAAAAAUAUUAAAACACCUCUUGGUCUUAUUGUAGUUGUA